AAAAUUUGUUGGCAUUUAGAGAACACUUACCUAUGUAAAAUGUUCUUUGGGAAGAAUGGAAUCAAUAACAAGCUGUAAUAAACUAGUUUAUCUUGUGGAGUAGUUGUAUAGUUCAGUGCACGAUAGUGAAGCGGUUAUAUAGUUCAGUGCUAAAUUUGCUGAAUCUGCCAGAAUGACCCCAGUUCACGAGUCCUUCUCAAAGCCAGUUCAAUAUCAGAAUGUGGACCCCGGUCUACGGCCACAGACAGUGGCGGUCACACAAAGGGAAAGACAAAGAAGAGACCAUCAAAACCUGUGUAUCGAAAUCAGGAGUCCCUUUGUGUUUGGUAGAGUGACCACAAGCCUUACGGAGCUUCCUUUAGGGGCAAGCUCUCGCCCCAGGGUAAGAUCUGCUCGUCUCCCGAUUCCUGGCAUGCCUCGAAGUCAAAUGGGGGUCGCCCGUUUCUACGACUGGUCUGACGAUCCUGCUGAGUGCUUCCCUAUUUCCCGACUCUACCGAGAAAUCGCCAGCGUACCCCGACUGCCCGUCAGUAAGUUGUCGCGGGUGAACGCCAGCAACGCAUCCACGCACGACAUCAAGAUAGGUCUCUCGACCAGCAGGAACUAUGCCGUUGGUCAAGGCCGAAUGUUCUUUCGGGACAAGAAAGCACUGACCAGAGGCGAGAAAGAAAUAAUCGAAGGGAUAUACAAGAACCGCGGAGACCAGAAUGCUCGCGAAUUACUCGGCAAGUCGGAUGUCCUGAUCAAAAGUCACCAAGACGCUUGGAAUUAUGAUAAAAGUGGAAACAUUAACUUGAGUAGAGUUUUGUUAAAAGGUGAAAAAAUAGACACGAAUACUCCUAGAGUCAGCGCCGUUGCGGACGCUAAAACUUCCCCGACGCCUUCAGCUAGAAAAUCAUCGGGUUCAGAUUCGUUUUUGGCGCCUGGGAAAACCUCUUUGAACAGAACCACCCGUUACCCCGAUGCAUUGCUGGUCUCCACUUGUUUGACUUGCCAAAAGCUGCAAGAUGAUUAUGAAAACACUCAGUACAUAGACUCAGGGCCUUCGGCUCCACCUAGUUCCCCGGACAUUUGGCACCCCAGACACAAACUAACAUCAGUUCCCACUUUCCAUAAACUGUUGAGCUCCAGGCCGAGCGUACAGCCAAACUUAGUUCUACUGGCGGACAGGAUGGCAGCCCUCAGACUUGACCCGAGUCAGCUACACGAUCAGAUGCUAAACAGCGUUUCCACGCACUCACACCGCUGCGUAGUCAGUCCUGCUAGCUCGUGUGAUUUCUCGGAAAUCCCAAACCCAGAAAAUAUUGAAACAUUAACCCAAGACGUGAACAGUGAAGCCCUGCUAGGGGCGGCUAACUGGGUUUUGCAGUGCGAUGAACGACCAGAACGGGGGUCGUCAGAAGGUGAGAAGCGAAAGAUAGCCGUUCAGAUUUAUGUUCCAACAGCUGGAGAAGACGUAGCAGACGAUGACACAAAUUUGUUGGUGAAAAGUUCAAUGGCCAGAGAAAGGCCCAUCAGCCAUCGGACGUAUGUAAGAAGGAAGAAAAUAAAAGUAUGAAAUGAAGAAAUAACGACGUCUUAUCUUCUUAUUAUCGUUUAUAAAGACACAAGGACAUAAGAACUAAUAAUUGUAAAAAAAUAAUAUGUGCAAUAUAAAAUUUCAAGAGUGGAAA